AUGGCCGUCAAGGAUCUCGUCGGCAUAUACGAGUCCAAGGCUACUUCCCCCUCGUCCCCUUCCCGACUCCACCCCGACCGGAACGACGAGGCACCUCGGCCCGCUUCUUCUUCACCCUACACGCCCAGGCCGAGACCAUCACAGAACACUCUCGACAUCCCUGCACCCUCUCCCGCUCGUUUUGUUGCCCACCCUCUCCUGCGUCGACGAGAACCCAGUGGUGCAGACCAGGAGGAUGACCUCAUCCUUCCCGACCCUUCUAUCUCUGAGGGAUCCUCGACCACCCUGGUUCCGCAUAUAGACGAUCAAAGUCAAUAUGGUCUCACUCUCAACGAAGUGGAAGAUGCGGACGUUACAGAUGAGCUCGUCGCCGUCUCUGGACGACACCAAAGCAUCUUCGUUCGUGGGAGCUCGCGCCCUAAUGGGUCUGGAUGGGCCAAGUCACCACCACGCGACGACGAGGCCAACAUUGAGCUCGAGACUCUGCUCCAUAAGACCACAGAGACGGCGUCUUUUGUCUCUUCCACACAGCCCAAGCAGCCUCGAGCCACCUCGUCCACGAUCACCCUGGUGCCUCCCAUGCGCGUUCUCGGAGACCAUACACCAGUGCCUCUUUCCCAGAUUCUGGCGCGAAAUGCUGCACCGGUGUCCCUGCCUCAAUUAGACCAGUACCUCUCGACACUGGAGAUACCGCAAUUUCAAGACUUCGGCGGCAGCAUCGACGAGAGCAGCGGGAAGGGAAAGGGCAAGGCUUCUAUGUUCCCACCUAUGGAUCGCUUGCAAGGGCAAAAUAUAGCGGACUUGGAACACAACACGAAGCCCGUCCCAGCCUGGAGGGAUCGACAAACUAUCUUCUCCGCCCUCACCAACACCCUACUUGGAAUCACGGGGUCGAGUGCCAUCGCUUCGUUCUACAGCGUCCAAGGGCUGGUUGACACACUCCAGAUAUUUGCCCUCCUCCUCAGUACAUUCUUAUCGCACGGGGCUAGACCCGCUGAACAUUUUCGAACAUUAAUGCUUCAAACUGUCCCUAAUAUCCUUGCAUUCAACUUCGCCUCUUCGCUUGUGCAGUCCCUGGUUUUACUUGCGAUAUUCAUGGUGUUCGCGGGUCUACUACUUUACUUCUUCAUGCGUAUGACGGCGGCAUGCUGUUCUGCCGUUACACCAGAAGGACUUCAGCCAACCACCUACCUGAAGAACUCCUGGGCAGUGAUCGUAGUCACUUUCGUCCUCACCGUCAUUUACCUUCCCUUGAGCACCAUGGCAGUCCAUGUCCUCGUAUGGUCGGACGAUCUAUGGGCAGUGGAUAACCCUUACACCAAUGCCACCACGUUCCCGCCUGUCGUGGCGCCUCUUGGACCGCCAGACGAGUACCGCGACCCUUUGGAUUUCUGCUACACCACGACGAUGCUCCGCAAUGAAAUCAACUACGCUCCUGCCGUAAUGAUUCUUGCUCUCACAUGCUUCGCUGGGUUGACUGUUUGGUAUCCCAUUCACCUAUACCGAACAAUCCGUCGCACUGCACCGAAGGUCGAUGCUUUUACUGAGCUCGGCACACCGAGGAGUCAAAGCGGUAUGGAUUUGGAGUAUCAACGAUUGCUUGAUCGGGACUCGAACCCGCUUGUAUUUCUGUAUGGAGGCUUCCGGCGAGGGUGGGCUGCCUAUGAGUCGAUGGUUUUACUUGCUAAAGUCACGACACUCCUGCUGACCGCCGUCAUCGACCCCGAUAACUGCUGGUUUCGAAAUUCCGAUCGUGACAAGGUUGCUGUCGCUCGUCAAAUCCUGCUCUGCAUCUCCAUGCUUUCGUUCUUCAUCCUACAAUGCAUCUACGCACCCUUUUUGGAUCCCGUCAACAACGCUAACGAAUGGUUUUCCCGCCUCAACUACGUCCUCACGUCUGUUAUCUCACUCGCUGUCGCUUUCGAUAUACCCGGAGAAGACAUCCUUGAUGGACCGGUGCUCUAUGCUGUGUAUAUCGUAACUUACGGUUUAAGUUUUUAUUUCACCUUUAUUCACAUGAGUCGCAUCAGAGAAUGGGUUAAGACUCUCUCGCGCCGCAUCGAUUUCAGCAUCGACAUAUUUUCUCCUAGAAUGGACAUCUCUCCGAACUCGUCGCAUACGAAGCGCCGAAUUUGGCAAGAGGCCAUCACAACACUGCUACUCACCGACGAGCAUUGUCACAUCCCCAAGGACCAGAAAAUGGUAUUUAAACAGGCUCGCGACAGCGAGUAUCCACCAUACCUUCUCAGUUUCCAAGGCACUCCGGCUGAACGACAUGUUGAAAAUCUCAAGAUCCUUCGUGAAGUCGGUGCUCUAGCGUACAACAAGGCUGUCAAGAUCACUUCAGGACCAGAUCGCGACCGGUUCCAAUAUCUCGAAGAUAUCAUUCAGAAUCAUUUCACUGGACCGGAUUGUUACUGGAAACCUGAAGGCGCGCCUCCUCGCGGCUGCACAAGGUUCUUCGGCAAUGCCUUUUGGAUUCCUUUUCCGCCAACGCUGGUUCUGCAGUACGAUGAUGGUCCUCAAAUCGUUCUGAACGAGGUUACGCAGCUGGACAAAUAUGUUCACGUGAACUCCAGCGAAGACAUCAUGCGUAAGCGGCAGCUUCGUAUGGCUCUGCGCUCCCUGGACGGGCAAAUUGUCCGCUGGCCGUAUGAUCAUAUUCAGGUCGUCGGCAACCAAGAGAAAUACUGGUGUUGUGGGCGCCGCUACGCAGCCCAGACACAUGUCCAUUACCGGUCUGCCAAGUUCUCUAUUAAACACAGUGGCCACACCCUGUGGGAAGGCGUCGAUCUCGGGAGUGGCUUUGAUGUUCAACUCGACUAUGCCAAGGACGUGACAGUUCCCGGAGUGGCUAUCGGCCUCACCGAUGACUACGACUUGAACAAGGUCCUGGCGCAUUUCUUGGCAAUAAACGAAAGCCUUAUUCCAAGUCGUCUUUCGUACCUCGAAGCCGUCAUUCACAACUAUCGCAGACAUUUCCGGAAGGAAGCUGAAUUCAAGAAGCGGACGCUAUCAUACACAUUCCUUACCCAUGUGUACAGCAACCCUCGGGAGCCAGUAGGAGCUGCCAAAAGCGCCAUACAUCGAGAAGACGAUGCACGUGUCCGUCGACUCAUGAGUGACAGUGUGGAUGUCUUGAGUAUCACGUACGACCGCUGGAUGGCUGCUUCCUCUUCGGAAAUAGCGACAUGGUGGUACAUAUUAUGGGAUGACUUCUGGCGUCGAAACUGGAACACUAUCAACGGCGUCAAGCUAUAUGCGUCCGACUUCAAUCCCCACUACCCAACCUCCAUCGCGUACACACCUCUCCCUAGAGCUGCCCUUGAAAACUUCCUGACACAACGCGGCCUGUUGCACACAAAACCGAAGUCCGGAGACUUCUUCCACGCAGGCUUCUUGAACAAGAUCUACCUGCGAAUGAACGACAUCGCGUACCAAGGAUCGGAUAGGGCCAUCAUCUUCCACCUAGGGGAUGAGACUUCUGAGCUUGACAUGGAGGAAGUUGACCAACAAACACUUCCUCGCCCGUCGACACUCGGCACUGGUGAUGGCACGGAAUAUGACGACGCUUCCAUCCGCGCUCGCCCAACCUAUCGCUGGGAAGGUAUAUUCGACGACCCGGUGAUCAAGUGCAGGACUCCGCGUCGUCGCUUCAUUUCGAAGCUGGCCGUUUGGUUUGGCAUCAGUCCGCAUUGGCUACCCCGAGAAUCGUCGCAUGGGCUGUCUCUGGACGUUCGAUUGGAGAACGGGAAGUACGUUCUACUAGACAGCAGGAGUCCCGGUGUCAGCGCGUUGUCCUCCGCGAAGGGCAUGGUGGAAGGCUCGAAGGGAACGGCGGAGUACGAAUGA